AUUUUUAAAUAACUUCCCUACCACCUACGGGCAUGUUACAGGCAUUACUCAAGUUUGUUUUUGUGAUCAGUCAAAAUCAAUCAUCAGCACUGUGUGCGUAACUACUCAUUAUCGUGAAGCGUCGCGACCGCCUGUUCGCCACACAACGUUACUUGAAGCCUCGAAUCUUCAGCAUAAGACGUGAAAGAAGGAGAGAGAGAGAGAUCGUUCCGAUGUUGCCCAAAAAGUUUUCUAUAGUGGUAGAUUUAGGAUGUUUUCUGAUUGUAAGUAUAGUAAAUGCCUUUUUGGCACUCAUUACCCCUCCAUUCAGACGUGGGUUUUUUUGCAAUGAUGACAGCAUUAAAUACCCGUUCGUCAAUGAGGAACUUCUUCCCACUUGGACGUUGCUAUUAGUUUCAGUUAUUCUACCGGUUUUUACGGUAAGUGUUUCUGUUUCAAUGUCAUUUUAUUAAAACAGUGUUGAAAUAUGUUGUUAGUGAUGCUAAGAACACCUUUAAACAAUAAACAACGCACUCGAUUAUUCCAUUGAUAUUAAUGUCCGCUUAUUGUCGAAUUAACUCAUGAAUUAGCGCAUUCCGUGACGAAUAUUGCUUAAGUUAUAAGCAUUGAGGCCAUUAGGAGUCACAAAAGCUUCUUUUCACGUUGUAAGCUAAGAUUUAAAAGCAAUAUUAGAGACGAAAAACAAUAAAGGAUUAAAUGAGAUGCCGUAUUAAAGAGCCCGGCGCUUCCUGUGGUAACUCAAAGGGUCUAAAAACAUCUCACGUUUACCAUUUUUGGGUUUCCAACUGUUUGAACUAUUUCAAUCCACAAGUUAAGUAGUGGUUAAAAUAAGACUAUCGUUUUCACGAUUUGAAGUUAGAGAGUUAUUGAAUCGCAAAAUAAGAAUGAAAAUUUAGCUAACAAACCGAUUAUUGACUGAAGGGAACAACAACACUAGCGCAUGAGGAAGUUUCUUUUGAAUAUGUCGCCUUGAAUUCAUAGUUUUCUAAAGGAUUGUUUCUCUCGUUGAUAAGCUUCUAUCAUGACCGUAAAUUGAUUUCUUGAAGAAAUUUCUCACGGAUUAUCGAGAAAUGAACCCGAAACAUACUAGUGAGCAAUGGCUGACGUCAGACACGCUGUGAGGGAAAGGGGAGGGGGUCUGAGGGGAGUGGCAUUGGGAGGAGUGAAAUUUGAUUCCCUAUUCUUCUCUCCUGUGGGAAAAGUUUCUGGGAAGGUACUGAUAUCAUUUGAUCUGGGUUGGACGAGUUCAGAUGAGUACUUCCCUUAUGUCAGCUGAUAUACAUUUUGUUGUAAAUUUGGGAAUUUGAUGUUUCAUGACUUUUCUAUGCUGAGAAGUUACAUGUCAGUUACUCCUGGCAUCUUAACAUUAACAGCUUAUUUAGGAUUUCGUUUUAGUUUUUCUGUCUUGUAUGCAAUGUAGACCUUUUCCCACAGUAAAUACUUGACACACCUUUUUCCUAUUUUUUUUGGUUUACAUCUUCUGAUAAGAAUUAUUUAGCUUUACCAAAAUAUGACCUUGGCUUCAGGAUAUUGGAAAAAAAAAUUGAAACACUACGAAACACUCCUCUUCAGCCAAACUGGUCCAAUAUUUGAUCAUUUUGAAGGAUUAAUACUUCACUGUCAUGGAUCAUGUAAAUUAUAUCUUCUAGAUGUAUUCAAUCUUAAUUGAUCACUGCUGUAGUUAUUUUAAUGUUGCCACUAUCAGUAAAUCCAUCAAAAAUCAAAAUAGCUAGGGAAAAUUGCCAGCUCUCAUCACAGUUUAUUGCAGUUGAAUAAUAUCAGAUCAUUAACAGUCAUCGCUAAAAUUGUAUUUUUUUUAAACUGAAUUAGAUCAUCAUUUGUGAAGUUGGAAGGCAAUACCAAAAUGGUCAAAAUACCAAAAGAGAACAAUAUCAGAACAGUGAAAACAGCGCUGUCUGCGGGUCAUGCAUGAAAAAGCCGUUAUUCCAGAGGUAACACAAAUACAAUGAUUUUAUUAUGGUAACAGCACUAGGUGGAGACAUAUUCAGUCUGUGAUCAUACAAGUGAUCGAUGCAACCAGACGACUGCUAGGCAGUAGUUAGAUUUGUUAAUCUUGUUAUAUCAUUGCAAAUAGAAUUGGAAGACACAAAGUCCUGCAACCAAAUUAGAGAUAAAGUGUCUAUUGAUUUUCUCUUUAAGACUGCAAAGCAACUGGCUUCUAACUUCUCCUUACAAUAUCAGCCUUAAAUCAAACAGAAAGGUUAUCAGAAUAAAGGAAAUGAUUACUACUUUAAGAAGCUCCAGAUUGUCAAACAAAUUCUCCUUGUCAGUACAAAGGGAAUAUAGAGAAGACAGUGUGGAGAACAUGACUAUUAAUGUUAGAGUGUUGAGCAUAUCCAGAAGUAAAAAAACAUCAGUGGUGACUUUUUUUCCACAAGAAAAUGCUCUAACAAUGCACCCAAUUUCAAGCAUGACACACACGCUGUGUUAUUAAAGCGAAUUGAGCUGCUUAUAACUAAUUGCAUUUUAGAAUUUCAUUAUAAUUUUAUUUAACUGUUUUAUAAGUAAAACAUAUCAGAAUGUGAUGAUAAAUCAUAGCCAUAAGACCCACCAAUCGGAUUAAUUUUUCCCAAUUCUUUUCAGGUUAUUUAAAACAAUGUCUUUAUUCUUAUACGGCUCACUAAUUAAUCUGCUCAUCACUCUGCUUGGGAAGACAUAUGUUGGUGAAUUAAGACCCCAUUUCCUGGCGUUGUGCAAACCAAACAUGAGUCUAAUUGACUGUAACCAGGGAUACAUUACAAAGUAUGAAUGUACUGGCAGUAACCUUGAUGCAAUUGAAAAAGCCAGGUAAGAAACAGUGUUUAAAAUAUGUAAUGUGAAAUUAGGGAGAUAAGUCCAGAAAUGUAUGCAGUAACAAAACUGGAAAAAAAUGCAUCAAAACUGUAAAAUCCGCCAAGCUGACUUGGCUUUGAUGAAUUUGAUUAAAAUUCAACACAAUUGUCAAUUCCGCCAAACUGAUUUUCCUUUGAGGAAUUUAACUAAAAUUUGCCAAAAUUGUCAAAUCCAUGAACAUUCUCUUGGUUAGAUGAUAUUUUGCCAAAUCUGCCAUUUUCCCUACUACAUGUAAUUCUGGACUUAGGUGAAAUUAGGAUAUGUCAAAACAAAUUUAGAAAUAUUUUACUCAUUGUAUUAAGAUAUCAUGAUAACAAAUCAUAAAUAAACGUUAAUUAGUAUUUAUCAUCAAAUGCAGUGCAACCCAAUGAGUCUUCAUUUUUGGUGUUUGUUUCCCUAACCCUUAAACUCUCAUGAGUGAGAGAGAAAGAAUUUCUCCUUACAAUAUUAAUACAAAAUCAAGCAGACAAGAGAUGAGAAUUAAGAAAAUUUUCAAUUAAGGGAUUACCAGUUGAUGCAAUACCAAAUUCUCAGUAUUAAGAUCAUAAAAAUGUUAUAGCAGACAGUAAGGAGAAUUACUGAUGAGAUCUUUAGAUUGAAAGGGUUGAUAAACAAAACAGGAUUUGACAUGGUUAUAAACAAUUAUAAAACUUAUAACCCAUACUUGGGUAUGUUCAUUACUAAAAUGGAUAUCCCAGGUGGUAAAAAAUUUACAUAAAAAAUCUGCUGUACAUGUGAAAUAAAUAACAUUUUCUUUUAGGAGAUCAUUUCCCUCAGCACAUGCAUCUCUCUCUAUGUAUGGCAUGCUCUUCUUAGCAGUAAGUAACCAGUUUUGCUUUCAAUGUACCUAUGUACCUGUAGUUAUAGUUAUCAUCUAAUAUUUAAUGAAUGAAUGUGUGGAAGCUGAUGAUGUCAAUGUUACCAAAAAGAAUAUGGAACCCAAGUGAGUUCAGACUGUCACAGUAUAAAAAUGAUAUCCUUAUGUCUGUGAAUUAACCACUUAAUGAUUGUAACAUUUUUAACCAUUUUUAGUUCAAACAUUUAUAAUGAGGAUAUGAAACAAGAAAUUGCAAGAGAAAAAGCAAAAUAAAGUUCAACUGAGUUCAUUGUUAUCUAAUAUCACAUAAAUAACAGUGACAGGAUUUACUCCACUGUCUUUAAAUUCAACUUUGAAUGUGAGUCGUAAUGUCACUGAGUGUUUUUUUUUCUUGCAGGUGUAUUUUGAAUCACUCAUAAGGGAAGGAGGUUCUUUCCUAAAGCCUUUCAUUCAGUCUGGUUGUUUCAUGGUAUCACUACUGUUUGGACUGUCCAGGGUGAGAGACCACAUGCAUCACUGGCAUGAUGUUUUUGCUGGGUUCUUGUUGGGCGGAUUUUUCGCUGUAUACAUGGUGAGUCACCUCCACACACCCCAUCCUGAGUCACAUUCACCCACCCCACCCCGGAGUGGAAGCAAAUGUCAAUUCCCUCACAGCUAUCAUUUAGCUUACACUCUAAAUGAUGAUCAUAGAAAAUGUCUGGAAAUAGAUGGCAUCUCUCCAUGGUGUUAAGUUAACGCUUCGUACCCUAACAUUUGUAUGCAUAUUCUCCAUACUGUUCUCUAUACAUUUCCUGAAGCACUGAUAAGGAGAAUUUGUUUAAAAAUCAAGAGCUUUAUAAGUUGGUGAUCAUUUCCUCGAUUCUUGUGACCUUACUGUUUGAUUCAGGGGUGAUAUUGUAAGGAGAAAUUAGAAGCUGGUCACUCUUAAGGAUUAAGGGGUUAACGCUUUGACCCCUAAGAAUGAUUAGCAUCUAAAUUCUCCCUACAAAAUCCCCCCUAAAUCAAACAUUAAGUUCAUGAGAAUAAAGUAAAUGGUCACAAACUAAAGAUGCUCUUAAUUGUUAAACAAAUUCUCCAUGACAGCACCUCAAGAAAUGUGUACAGAACAGUAUGGAGAAUAUGCAUACUGAUGUUUCUGAGUAAAGGGUAAACCAGAAGUGGUAAAAAGUCUCUUAUCUUACUUUCCAGUGUGUGAACUCAGGUGUUACUAUAAAUGUUUAGCUUAUAAUGUUACCUAAUAAGACUCCAGUCACCCAGACCCACCCAGUAACAGUUAUGUUUUUAAGUCUUUUUUUCUUGGGGGGAUUGAGGAUUACUGUUACAAUUUGGCAACUUUAAAGUUGUAAUAUUAUUGUCUUUAAUAAGGAAAACAAAAAAUAGCUUAAAAGUACAAAAUAUCAAAAUUAUAGAAAUCCAGUCUUCAUAUCAAUUUGCUUCACUUUUAACCUAGAAACAUUUUGUUUUCCUUUCUGUCUUUCUAUUCCAUGAACAGGGCAUUAAAGUCCUGAAGCUCCUUGAGGAAAGUCAUCAAACACCAAAAACAGGCAAUAUGCAUUGUGAAACCCCGAAGAGCUCAAUGGGCAACAAUGAAUUCUAUCUGCAUUCCCCUGACAAACUAAUACCAACCACUCCACAGUUUCCAGUUGUUAUAUAA